AAGAAAAAAAGARAGAGAGACCGCUGGUCGGGGAGUCGCUUUGCGCCACACGAUCCGCUUCGAACAGCGGAUUUGAGAGCACGGAGAGCGGCGGUGGUCCCUCGGCUUGAACACACCGUCUGAGAGCGGGAGCGGCUCGGAGAGAAGAAAUGGAGAGGAGCAAUGCGGCGGCCCAGGCCGCGAACUCCAGCGGCGCACAGGCUGCCGCUGCCGCUGGCGCUUCUUCGGAAGCGGCCGAAGGCAAAGACGGAGCUUCGCGGGGCGACUCGGCGUCCUCGAAACCCGGCAGGCGCAUCGAGACGGUGAGGGGACAGGCGUUUGACGUGGGCCCCCGCUACACGAACUUGGCUUACAUCGGGGAGGGGGCGUACGGAAUGGUGUGCUCUGCCAUGGACGCGGUCAUGGAGGAACGCGUGGCCAUCAAGAAGAUCAGCCCGUUCGAGCACCAGACGUACUGCCAGCGCACCCUGAGGGAAAUCAAGAUCCUGCUGCGUUUCAACCACGAGAACAUCAUCGGGAUCAACGACAUCAUCCGGGCGAGGCACAUCGACGACAUGAGAGACGUCUACAUCGUGCAGACUCUGAUGGAGACGGACCUGUACAAGCUGCUGAAGACUCAGAAGCUGAGCAACGACCACAUCUGCUACUUCCUCUAUCAGAUCCUAAGAGGCCUCAAGUACAUUCACUCGGCCAACGUGCUGCACCGCGACCUCAAACCCUCCAACCUGCUCAUCAACACCACCUGUGACCUCAAGAUCUGUGACUUUGGCCUGGCACGGAUAGCCGAUCCUGAACACGACCACACUGGUUUUCUGACGGAGUAUGUGGCUACACGUUGGUACAGAGCUCCAGAGAUCAUGCUCAACUCAAAGGGCUAUUCAAAGUCCAUUGACAUCUGGUCAGUGGGCUGCAUCCUGGCUGAGAUGUUGUCCAACAAGCCCAUCUUUCCUGGGAAACACUACUUGGACCAGCUCAACCACAUACUGGGCGUUCUUGGAUCACCAUCUCAAGAAGAUCUGAACUGCAUCAUUAACGCAAAGGCUAGGAACUACCUGCAGUCCCUCCCAGACAGACCCAGAGUCCCUUGGAAUCACCUCUACAGAAGGGCGGACGAUCACGCCCUGGAUCUGUUGGACCGCAUGUUGACAUUUAACCCCAACAAGCGCAUCACUGUUGAAGAAGCCUUGAGUCAUCGUUACCUGGAGCAGUACUACGAUCCUUCAGAUGAG